CUAGAAGGCCAAAAGUUUAGCUAAAUGCAUCAGUUAAUACGGCUGCAUGCAUUGGAAGUUUGAAAAUACUAUCAGGAAAUGAGAAGAAAAGAUUAAGCUAGCUUUUCAACGAGGGCAGAUACAAGAAAACUCGAGGUUGAACAAUCAUGUCGAUUCACUGUAACUAAAAACACAGGUUGGCAAAUGUGUCCAUCCAUGAGACUGUGAGUGCCAAUUUCCAUCCAUGACUAGCAGACAAGCCUCCUCCUCAGUGUCCCCCUGACAUGCGCGUGGCCUAAUUCCCAUUCCCCCCCUUCACCCCAAUGUAUCUCUUUCAUGAUCAUCAUUAUUAUGCCUCAAAUCAUCAUCAUUUCUUUGCUGCCCUCUCACCCAAACUGGCACAAAAAUACACACUUUCACUCUAUAAAUACCAUCCUGCAGCAUUCCUCAUGCACACCCACAAAGCCACAACACCACCAUCAUCAUCAUCAUCUCUCUCUCUCUCUUUCUCAGUCUGCCUGCUCUUUUUUCUACCAAUCUAUCAAUUUAUCUGCCUCUAUCUUGGUCAUAUAACUCAUUGCAAUGGCAGCUACUGGCUUUGAAGGGUUUGAGAAGCGUUUAGAGCUCAAAUUCACCGGUGAGUCUGUUGAUGGGCUCCGGCAACUAGACAUGCAAGCCAUUGAAGACAUUCUUGAUGCAGCCCAGUGUACCAUAGUUUCUGGCAUCGGAAACCGGCAGUUUGAUGCAUAUGUCUUAUCAGAGUCAUCACUCUUCAUCUAUCCAAAGAAGAUCAUUAUCAAAACUUGUGGCACAACUCAAUUGCUAAAGGCUAUACCAGUGUUGUUAGCCCAUACCCCUAAGCUAGGCCUUAAUGUCUCCAGUUGCAGGUAUACUAGGGGAUCAUUCAUAUUCCCCAAGGCUCAACCGUACCCCCACAGAAACUUUGAAGAAGAGGUCUCAUAUCUAAACCAGAACCUACCGUCAAAUUUGACCGAAAUAAAGACUAAUGUAUUAUGCACCAAGACUAGCCACUCUUGGCAUGUUUAUAGUGCUGCUGACCCAAAUGUGCCACAAGCUACUUCACUCUACACCAUAGAAAUGUGCAUGACGGGGCUUGAUCGCGAGCUUGCUCGUAAGUUUUACAGGCAGCACGAUGCAGGCUCUGGUGACAUGGCCGGUAAGGAAAUGACAGUUGUCACCGGAAUUGCAGGCAUUCAUCCAGGAGCAAUCGUCUGUGAUCAUGCCUUUGAUCCAUGCGGAUACUCCAUGAACAGCAUCAAUGACAGGCGAUAUUCGACCAUUCAUGUGACACCUGAGGAUGGUCAUAGUUAUGCAAGCUUUGAGUGCACUGGUGAGGAGGAAGACAGUUGCAGCUGCAAAUUGAUGAAGGAAUUGGGGAGGGUGGUGGAGGUAUUCCGGCCGAUGACACUGUCAGUCGCAGUGACAGGCACAAGCAGGAGCCAGGUCUGGAAGCAGGUCCAAGCAGCAAUUGAGACAGCAGGUCUAGAGCAGCAGAACUGCAAAAGGGGGGAUUUUCCUGCGGCUGGAACAGUUGUUUUUCAGGCAUUUCAUGGCCAGUAUUAGGGGAAUUCUGGAACAAGGGGAAGGAAUGUAUGGCAAACUGUGAAUGGUGGAUGUAGCGAGAAGGUGGCCCCACUCUUGUGGUGUAGAUGGUGCGCCACAGAGAGAGAGAGAGAGAGAGAGAGAGAGAGGGAGGGAGAGAGAGGAAAUUCAUGAACCCAAAAAUGAACCUGUAACGAGGAAUAUAUCCCUAAAGGUGCUGUUGCGUUGUCUUCGUGACCGCAAGAGGGUAGUUUUGUCGUCUAAAGAUUUAUACUUCUCAAGGACAAUCUUUUAUUGUCUCUAA